UCCUCCUGGAUGAUUUUGGAGCAUGGUUGCACAAAUCAGUGAUGUGGGUGGCAGGAUAUAGUGGGGGAGGAGGAAGGAGAGAAAGAGGGAGGGCACGGGAUGCUCCUGAAUUGGAUCUCAGCAUGGCAGGGCAGUAACACGAAAGAGUUGCCUGAAUCACUCAAGGUGUCCUGGUGUUCCUGGCUGUGGUGAAUCCAGUGCUGCAGUGAGGCUGGGCUGGCUGGACUUCAACUCCUGCACUUGCCUGGGUAUGCUGGGGCAGCCUGAGGGCAGCGAUCCCAAGGCUUGUGCUGCCUUCUGGGAUGUGCAGCCCCAGUGGCACCAAAAUCUGUGUGUGAGAGCAGAUGAGUGAGUGUCCUAGGGGUGGUGUGGGUGUGGGUGUGGAUGUGCAUGUGGAUGGGAUGAUGCUUCUGGAUGAGGUUCUGCUUUCCACCUGCCUGCCCUGACCCAUUCACCUCCCUUGGUGGAGUAUCCAUUCUGUCACUUAACCCAUUCCUAGAAGAGCCUCAUCAACAUGAGUCAUGAUGAACUUUGCUGUCACCCUGGCUUGCUUCUCCCACAGUAACAGCAGCUGCUAUCCCAGGACAGGCUCCUUUGGCAGGUGGAGGGAGAGGGAAGGUGGUGAUUUCCACUGGGGAGCAGGAACAAGCUCCAAGAAGCUUGGUGAGAAUCAGGAGCUUUUCCACUUGCCCAACUCCUCUCAGGGAAGCUGGAGCCUUUCCAUUUGCUCAUCUUCUUGCAGAGAGUCAGUCUGUGGAUGCCACAAGUUGGAUACUGGAAAUAAUCACUUUCUCCAACCAUUAUUUCAUUAAGGCUUACUGGAAUUUAAGGCAUUUUGUUCCUAUCAGUCUUGUGUCCAGGUCAAAUCCUUUGGCAAAAAGGACUUAAAAGGUUUCUUCUGGAUCUGUCAAGAAUCAUCCCUUUCUAGGAGAGAUCUUAAACAGUGACUCCAAACUCUGCAAAUCCAUCUAAGCUGCUCCUUCCUUCAGGCAGCUCUUCCUGGGUGCAAAAAGAGCAGUUGCUCUGCUCAAAGGAGAUUAUUUCCUCCUGACUUAUAUAAGUUCUGAAAUAAGAAUAUAAAUCCCAACCUUGUCAAGGAUGAAACAGUUUUUCCAAACUCAGGAAUGAUGCCUUUUGAAGCAGCAAUUGCUUCAAUGAAUUGCCAGGAGUGCCUGGAGAAGGGAAAUCUCAGCUGUAACACAAGGGGGACAGCUCCAUCCCGGGCCUCAGGCUGUCAUCCCUGCCAUAGGGAUGUUCUGGGAGAGAGGGAACGGUGCUACAGCAGGAAAUUCGAGUUUUCUUUCAGUUUUCCACUGUUUUUACUCCUUCUCUCUCAGAUUUUGGCCUUUUUGUUGUUGUUUUCCAAAACUUGAGGGUGAAUGCAAGAUCCUUGGGAUGAAGGCUGGGAGUUACUGUGUUGGUUUUUGACAAAUCUUACUGUUGUUUGGCUGGAUCAGGGUUUUAAAUCCCAUUUGGUUGUUAAAAAACUCUCUGUUUAUCAAAUGACACUGCUUGGACCUGAGCUGGAAAAUGAGCCUUAGAGCCUCUAAACAAAUUCUCGCUAUCGUUAAAAAAAGGCAAAAAGAGACAUAGGGUGAAUGAGCAUCAGCUUGCACAGCAGCGGGUCUGGGUCCCGUUCCUGGCACUCCUGCUGUGGAGCUAGCUCUGGGCUGUCCCCUGUCACCUGCUAGGGUGACAGGCCAGGGCCUUCCUGCAAAGGUGUUGCAAAGGUCAGGGCUGGGCUCUUCCCAGCAUAAUCCCAUCAAGCAGCUUUUUAUUGUGUCUGGGGCUCAAACAUUGAAUAUAUAACAAAACUGAGAUGUUUUAGAGCAAUUUCUGAGUCUGUUUGGUAACAAGGAGCUUUUUAGUGAUGAGUUCAGAGCCAGAGCAGAGCGAGAUUGUAAAUUUAACUCUGUGUGUUUCUGAUGCUGUAAAUUUGUCUCAGCACUGCUGUGGGAGGAGCUGAUCCAGCUGGGACGUUCUGUGAACAGUCAACAGGAGCAGAGGAGGUUGUGUCUGAGCAGUCCUUAGUUCAGCCUUAACAUUUGGCCCAUUUUAAGGGGAAUAGUUGGAUUGCGCAGCUUGGGGUGGCUGUUGAGUUGUGUCAGCACUGGGUCUGUCCUGUCACUCUGAUGUUGGUCCCUGCAAAGCUUUGGGCAGCAGCAUUAAUCUGAGGAUCAAACUUUGGGUGCAAAGAAAUUUUGACUCAAACUAAUCUGAGCUCAGAAUUUAAUUUAGUAAUGUGUUUUUGUUAGAAUAAAACUAAGAAGUAUUUUAAUGACUAUUUUCUUUUCAAGUAUCCCACCAUGUUAACACAUGAGGUUUAUGUCCUUCCAUGUAUGCAAGAACCUCAGUCAAUCCAGCUGUUUUCAUUUCCCAUUAAAUUUUGGUGUGUACAAUAUAAACAGCAAAAAGGUGAAAUCCAAUUAUGGAAUUUAGAGAAAUUUUUCAGCAAGUGCCUUUUCCGUAACAGUGAGCAUUGGGUAUUGUCUAGAUCUGUGUGAGGCCACAAAGUGUUACCCAAGUCAGGCUUUUUUAUUCUUAUGGAUUCCUGCAUCCCCCUGUUUUAUUCCACAAAUAAACCAUAUUCUGUUGUGGGGGUUUUUUGUGCAUAGUUUUUUUUCCCCUUCCCCCCCACUCUAGGUUUCCACAAUGCCUUUACAAUUAAGAAAACUCUUGCAAUUUGCCUUUAAGUCACCCUGCAGCAGCUCCUCAAAAGCUCCCAUCCCUCUGACAGCCCUUUCUUUUGGUGGGCGGAUGAGGAAAGGAGUCAGUGGGUGAAGAGAGGCAAACAAGGAAACAAUUCCAGCAGGAUUCCUGCGUGGUUAGCAGAACAGGAGAUGCCAUUGUCCAGCAGGGCCCUGCUGAUCCACAGGGUUUGUCUGCUGAAUGCCGAGGGCCUGUGGGUUCUGGGGUUUGUCUCUUUCAACUAAAAGCAGAGGCGGGGGACGCUCUCGACAAGCCCAAGGUUUUGUGGAUUAUUUGGCAAGGGGUUUGUGUUGGUUUCCUCUUUCCUACUGUGGGAGCAGCUGCCUCUGGAGCUGUGGGAGAUCCUCAGGGAUCCGAGCUGCUGGGCCCAGGGUGGGCUGUCCCUGGGGUGUCCCUAGCACGGCCUUGCCUUCCACGCUGCUUUCCUUGACUCGCUGUGUUGCAGAAUCCCCCGAGGUCCUGUCCAGCAGCCCCUGGAGGAUCGGAUCUUCACUCCUACCGUCUCGGCUGUGUACAGCACUGCUCCAUAUCCCUCAGGACAGAAUGCAGCUCCAACCACAUUGGUGUACCCUCAAGCCCCUCAAACAAUGAACACGCAGCCUCAGACCCGCUCACCGCCCAGCAGAACAGUGCCAAUACAUUGCACAGAAAACUGGAAGAGGAGGAAGGUUUUGGAACAGAGUCCGGUUUACAGGUCCCUGGCUGGAAGAGGCUGGAUAAAAUACUGCAUUUUUGCAGCGGGGCCUCGACCUGCCCAUCACCAGGGAGGAUUCAGACCUAUACAGUUUUUUCAGAGGCCUCAGAUCCAGCCUCCAAGAGCCACCAUCCAGAACAGCAGCCCCUCCAUCCGUCCCGGAGCACAGACCCCGACUGCCGUGUACCAAACCAACCAGCACAUCAUGAUGGUGAACCACCUGCCAAUGCCCUACCCAAUGCCUCAGGGCCCCCAGUACUGUAUCCCACAGUAUCGUCACAGUGGCCCCCCAUACGUCGGGCCACCCCAGCAAUAUCCUGUGCAGCCACCAGGACCAGGACCCUUUUAUCCAGGCCCAGGUCCUGGAGAAUUCCCCAAUGCCUACGGAACACCCUUCUACCCCAGCCAGCCUGUGUACCAGUCUGCACCCAUCAUUGUGCCUACGCAGCAGCAGCAGCCACCGCCUGCCAAGAGGGAGAAGAAAACGAUCCGAAUCCGGGAUCCAAACCAGGGAGGCAAAGACAUAACAGAAGAAAUCAUGUCUGGAGGGGGAAGCAGGAACCCCACGCCCCCCAUUGUCAGACCCACCUCCACCCCAACUCCACCUCAGCAGGUGCCCAGCCAGGUCCCCGAGCCCGUUCCCACGGCAUUCGGAGCCGUGGAGAGCUCCCAGCCCUCUGGCAGCACCCCCGGCACCACGGCCCCCGCCUCCAAACAAGAAGAGAAGCCAAAACCGGAUCCAGUAUUAAAACCACCUUCUCCAGUCCUCAGACCAGAACCUACUGGGGAGAAGAACGAUCAAACUGGGCAGAUGAGCGAGGCUCCCAUCUCAGUGGAAACCCCACCAGAACUUCCUCGUGCUCUGUCGCCGGCCCUGGCCACUCCUGUCGCAGCUGUCGCCGCCGCCGCUGCCACUGCUGUCACCGUGUCCAACAAAGCCCUGCCCGCGGCUGAGCCGGAGGACAAAUGUGAACUGGCCUCCUCCCGAGAGGAGGCAAUGCCUACACCCAGUGCCACAGGCUGCCCAGAGCCAGCGGCCCCUCCUGCUGCGGAGGAGCCCGGAGCCGAGGUGUGCACGGAGCCCAGCAGUGCAGUAGCAUCCCCCGGUGACGCCCCGGUGACUGUGACGGCCGGGCCCGGGCUCAGCGACGACACGAGCAGUACCAGGGCUGCGGGGGCCGAGCCUGUGGCAGAGGUGGCCCAGGCAGAAGCUGCAGUGUUGACUGUGGAGUUGGAGCCCACCGAGGCACCCCCAGCGGGGGUGGAGAGCACUCCAUCACUUUCCAGUGCUCCUCUGGCUGCUCCCUCUCCUCCUCCCACCCCGCCACCCACCCCGCCACCCCCGGCCCCGCCGCUUUCUAUCGCUGCUGGUACCACUACAACACCUUCUCCAUCUCCUCUCCCAUCUCCGAGUGCCCUCCCUGUUGUCCAGGGAGAUUUAGAAGGAGAGGAGAGCACAAGAACUACUCUUAGCAAAGAAGUAAAAGAUACUGAAAAGAAGGAAGAGACAGAAGCAGAUGGGCAAUUGGAGGAGAGCCAGGAGGCUCUGAGUGUGAACUUGAGCAAGACUCCUAUCCCAGCCCAAACUGCUGUAACUGCACCAAAGACCUGGAAGAAACCAAAAGACCGGACCCAAGCCACUGAGGAGGUGACAGAGGCAGAAACAGAGCCGAAGGAGGAGGAGGAACCUUCAGGAGACAAAGUACUUGAAUCUGACCAGGAGAAAAUGAGCCAUGGGCUUCAAGCGGAGAGGGAGCCCUUAGAGCUCAAGGCAGUGAAACCCGUGGAGGAGAAUGGGGAGCAGGAGACAGAGCUGGUGCGAAACGGAGCCGAGAGCGUCUCAGAGGGCGAAGGCACCGACGCCAACUCAGGCUGCACGGAGAGCUCUGGAGAGGGGCCUGUGUACCAGUACAAACCAGAGCAGUGGAAGCCCCUGGACCCGGAGGGGAAGAAGCAAUAUGACCGGGAAUUCCUGCUGGAUAUCCAGUUCAUGCCUGCUUGUAUCCAGAAGCCCGAGGGGCUGCCCCCCAUCAGCGACGUGGUGCUCGACAAGGUGAGAGGAGAGCCCAUCAAACAGGUCAAUCAGCCAAAAUUGCCGCUGAGGACUCUGGACCCCCGGAUCCUGCCACGAGGCCCCGACUUCACGCCCGCCUUUGCUGAUUUUGGGAGGCAAGCCCCUGGGGGAAGAAACGUGUCUGGAAGUGCCUGCAAAGUGCAGAGCACCCCUGGAUUGCCCUCCCUGGCUCGGUGCGGGCCCCCAGCAUGCCCUCUCUUGGUCUCGCCUCACCCACCAUUGAGGAACCUGCCGAUAGGGUUGUUGAAUGUUGGACCGAGGAGAUCUCAGCCGGGCCAGAGGAGGGAGCCCAGGAAGAUCAUCACUGUGUGUGUGAAGGAGGAUGUGCACCUGAAGAAGGCAGAGAAUGCCUGGAAGCCGAGCCUGAAGAGGGAGAACCAAACGGAGGACCCAGAAAAUGUCAAAACCCAGGAGCUGUUCCGCAAAGUACGGAGCAUCUUGAACAAGCUGACGCCCCAGAUGUUCAACCAGCUCAUGAAGCAGGUGACAGACCUGACAGUGGACACGGAGGAGAGGCUGAAGGGAGUUAUCGACCUGGUCUUCGAGAAGGCCAUUGAUGAGCCCAGCUUCUCUGUGGCAUACGCCAACAUGUGCCGGUGCCUAGUGACGCUGAAAGUGCCCAUGGCAGACAAACCUGGGAGCACAGUAAAUUUCCGUAAGUUGCUGUUAAAUCGCUGCCAGAAGGAAUUUGAAAAGGACAAGGCUGAUGAUGAUGUGUUUGAAAAGAAGCAGAAAGAACUCGAAGCUGCCACCACUCCAGAGGAGAAGACGCGGCUCCACGAUGAGCUGGAAGAGGCCAAGGACAAAGCCCGGCGGAGAUCCAUUGGGAAUAUAAAAUUCAUCGGCGAACUUUUCAAGCUGAAGAUGCUGACGGAGGCCAUCAUGCACGACUGCGUGGUGAAGCUGCUGAAAAACCAUGACGAGGAGUCCCUCGAGUGCCUUUGCCGCCUGCUCACGACCAUUGGCAAGGACCUGGACUUUGAGAAGGCAAAGCCCCGCAUGGACCAGUAUUUUAAUCAGAUGGAGAAGAUUGUGAAAGAAAGGAAAACCUCCUCAAGGAUUCGGUUCAUGCUUCAGGAUGUAAUAGACCUAAGGCUGUGUAACUGGGUGUCACGAAGAGCAGACCAGGGCCCCAAGACCAUCGAGCAGAUCCAUAAAGAAGCCAAGAUUGAAGAGCAGGAGGAACAGAGGAAGGUGCAACAACUCAUGACCAAAGACAAGAGGAGACCGGGUGUCCCGCGGGUCGAUGAAGGCGGCUGGAACACUGUGCAGGGGGCAAAGAACAGCAGAGUGUUGGACCCCACCAAGUUCCUUAAAAUCACCAAGCCCACAAUAGAUGAGAAGAUUCAGCUUGUGCCUAAAGCCCAGUUGGGCAGCUGGGGGAAGGGCAGCAGUGGUGGAGCCAAGGCAAGCGAGAUGGACUCCUUGCGACCAAGUGCCACAAGUCUGAACAGAUUUUCUGCCCUGCAGCCUCCAGUCUCCCCAGUAUCUGCCUCAUCUGCAUCUUCAGAACUAGAAUCUCGCAGGGCCUUAACGAGUCGUGGGAGCACGGGCAGGGAGAAGAACGACAAAGCUCUGCCACCUUCCCUGUCCCGGCCCAACACCUUCCUGCGGGGUAGCAGCAGCAAGGAGCUGCUGCUGGACAACCAGGCUCAGGAGGAGCAGCGCAGGGAGAUGCUGGAGACGGUGAAGCAGCUGACAGGAGGCAUGGAGAUGGACAGGAACAGCACUGAGGCCGAGAGGAACAAAGCCAAGGAAUCUGCAGCCAAGCCAGAAGCUCCCCCAGCUCCUGUGCAAGAAAAGCCUUCACUAUCAGAAGAGGAAAUAGAAAGAAAAUGCAAAUCUAUCAUUGAUGAGUUCUUGCAUAUUAAUGAUUUUAAGGAGGCCAUGCAGUGUGUGGAGGAGCUGAGUGCCCAGAACCUGCUGCCUGUGUUCGUGCGUGUGGGUGUGGAGUCCACGCUGGAGCGGAGUCAGAUCACCAGGGAUCACAUGGGCCAGUUGUUACAUCAGCUGGUGCAGUCAGGAAAGCUGAGCAAGCAGGAUUUCUUCAAGGGUUUUUCCGAGACCCUGGAGAUGGCAGAUGACAUGGCCAUAGAUAUACCCCAUAUCUGGUUGUACCUGGCUGAGUUGGUAACCCCCGUGUUAAAAGAAGGAGGAAUCUCUAUGAGAGAACUUACACAAGAAUUUAGCAAACCCUUGCUUCCUGUGGGAAGAGCCGGCGUCUUGCUUGCUGAAAUCUUGCACCUUCUAUGCAAACAAAUGAGCCAUAAGAAAGUGGGAGCCUUAUGGAGGGAGUCUGGCCUCAGUUGGAAAGAAUACUUGCCCGAAGGGGAGGAUGUACAUACCUUUCUCAUGGAACAAAAGUUGGAGUUCACGGAGUCUGACUGUUCCAGUUCCUCAGAAGCACUUUCAGAGAAAGAACUCUCUGCAGAAGAGCUGAAUAAGCAGCUGGAAAAACUCAUUGUUGAGGACAAGGCGAAUGAUGAACAAAUCUUUGAUUGGGUAGAGGCUAAUCUAGAUGAAAGCCAGAUGAGUUCACCUACAUUCCUUAGAGCUUUAAUGACAGCAGUUUGUAAAGCAGCUAUUAUAGCGGACUCUUCCAGCUUCCGAGUGGACACUGCUGUUAUCAAACAGAGAGUGCCCAUCUUACUCAAGUACCUGGACUCAGACACAGAGAAGGAACUACAAGCACUUUAUGCACUACAAGCAUCAAUAGUAAAACUUGAUCAACCUCCUAAUUUGUUGCGGAUGUUUUUUGAUUGCCUGUAUGACGAGGAGGUCAUUUCGGAGGAUGCCUUCUACAAGUGGGAAAGCAGCAAGGACCCAGCAGAGCAGAACGGGAAAGGAGUAGCACUGAAAUCUGUCACGGCGUUCUUCACGUGGCUACGGGAGGCCGAAGAGGAGUCGGAGGAUAAUUAAAACUUAAAUACAGAUUUAAAACAAACAAACAAAAAAGAAACAAUUUAAGUAUUUUUUUAAAAAGUUUCACGUCUUCGCCAAUCACAGUGCAGCAAGGCCAAUUCUCUCUCGCAGACCCCCCCCUUGCCCCACACACGCACGAGUGGGAGAGGUAAAACCCGAUAAACACCAAGGUGAUCAUGGAGGCAAAAAGGUACUUGAAAACAAACCCACAAAAGUAAACUUCAAACCUGAGGGCGGGAGCACUAAACCAAAAUACAUGUAUUAUUUAUAGAAAAUAUUUUCUGUUUUAAUCUUUUUCUUUUCUUUUUAAACAAGGACUGAUACUUAGGAAAACACACAGCAAAACAAAUCUGUUUAGCAAAAACAAAAACAAGUUGAAAACUUUUAAUUUAUUAUUUUAAGGACUGCAAAUGCCAGUGUAAUUUUUAAAUUUGCAGUUUCUGUGAACAAAUUGUAUAAUAGAACAAAAGCAGAGAAAUAAAUUUCCCUCCCCUUCAUACGCACCUCAGUUUUGUUUCAAAGCAUGACAAAGAGACAAAACUUUGAAGGGGGUUGGGGUGAGCUAGAUGAGGACAAGAUCAAUUUUUUUUUAUUGUCAUCAGAUUUUUCUGCCUGCCUCUCAGCUUGCUUCAGAAAUUUAAAAAGAAAAUAGUAAUCAAACCAUACAUAACCUUGGAUUGGAAGGAAAAUGCAUUUGAGAAAACCGCUGCGGACCAGAGUGCUCCGAAAAUAAUUCAUUGAAAACCGUGCUACCCCAGGGAAAAAAAGUACUAGUGAUACUUUGAGAACCUUUAGAGCAACUUUAAGGCUUGUAAAUACAUAGAACAAAUAUUUAAAAAAAAAAAAAAAAAAGAAAAAAAGAAAUUGACUCAAUACUAUUUCUUUUCAUUUUCAAAAUAUAAAGAACAAAAUAAAGACAAACAUUGCAAGUUUAAAAGAAAGUAAAACGACUUCUCCUUUGACAGCUGCUGAAUGUGUGCACCAUCCUGAGCGGUGCUGGCUUCCUUGGCAUGCCAUAGGUCCUCGGGCCCAAAUUGUGUACAUAUAGUGUGUGUCUGUAUGUGUGACUACCAAAAACCAAGGGUGAGAGCAAUUGUUGGUUUAUAAAAAGAAAGGAAACAAGGGGUUGCUGUUUUGCCGAGAAACUCCCUGGCCAGGGAACAGCCCGUGGCUGCGGGGCCACGCGGCUGCAGCUGGUUCCCGAGGCUGGGACUUGGGCUCAGGGCAGGCCGUGCCCGACCCCAGCUGGGUUGCUCCAGCCAUGUGGCAGCCGCGUCUCGUGUGACUUCGACCAGUGUUGUCAUCCGGGGACUUGUGACCCUGGGAGCUCCGGAGGGUGCAGCUGCGUGAGCCGAGACCCGACAGCCCCGCGGCCGCUGUGCCUGCGCAGCCAGGGAAGGGUGGAGGAGCCAAGCGGAGCCGGCCCGGCCCGGUCCGGUCCGGUCCGUGUGCGCAGGGCCAGCGUGGCCGGGGACACGAGAGCCGCCGUGCGAGCCCUCCCCGCCUGCCCAGGGGCCCUGCGCUGCUCCCAGCCCAGCUGCUCCCAGCCCAGCUGCUGCUGAGGACGGGGAGGCCCUCGCGUAUCUCUUCAGCCACCAAAGAUGGCCUGCCGGCUCUCAUUGUGAGAAGCGCCUGUCACCAAGGACUGCAAAGCUGGGGAAGCCCUGAAAUGUGGUUUGUGAACUGUGGGCCACGGACCGUGAGUAACCUGUGGAGCCUUUACUGGGGGUAUCUGCAGCACUGACUGCUCACAUGAUGCUGUCUUCUUUCCAGCUGCUAAAUCAGUUAUUUGGAAAAAAAAAAACCAAAACCAACAAAACAACAGAAAACAAACAAAACCAACAAAAAAAAAAAAGAUACAAAUAUAUUAAAUACUUUCCUAAUCUUUUACAUGUAAACAAUUGCUGUACUUGCCUGAGGAUGUGACGUGAUGUGAUCACCAAGGGGAAGGGAGGAGGUGCCUGGUUGUGGCCAGAGGGGAGAUGUCCAUGAGACACUUUCCCUGUUAACAUGUUUCACCCCAUGAAUCUGAGCUAGAGAAUCCAUGGCCUAAAACACUAGAGCAUUGUUUGGUUAUUUUUUUUUUAGUAACAAUAAAACACUUUUCUCUGA